UCACAGGCACCGCCUCCUCCUGGUGCUGCUGGAGCGGCGCUGGAUCUCCACUGCCCCCCAUUUCUACAGCCGUGGCGCCGAGCGUGUGUGUGCGCGUGUGUGCGUGUUUGCUGUUGUUUUCUUGUUCCUCUCCGGUGUAACCGCUGCUAAUAAUGGCCUCCGAUGGUACGGACGAGCGAUCCCCGCUGCUGCCAGCACAGAACUCGGGCAAUGUCACGCCCACAGCGCCGCCGUACCUGCAGGAGGGCAGCAGCCCGAGAGCUGAGCUUCCUCCGCCCUACACAGCCAUCGCCAGUCCAGAUGCCGGAGGGGUGCCAGUCAUUAACUGCCGAGUGUGCCAGUCUCUUAUAAACCUGGAUGGCAAGCUCCAUCAGCACGUGGUGAAGUGCACUGUCUGCAAUGAGGCCACGCCCAUCAAGAACCCACCAACAGGAAAGAAAUACGUUAGAUGUCCCUGCAACUGCCUGCUAAUCUGUAAAGACACAUCUCGAAGGAUAGGAUGCCCUCGUCCCAACUGCAGACGCAUCAUCAACCUGAGCCCGGUGAUGGUGAUCCCGGAGGAGCAGCCAGCUCAGCCGGCCCUUCCUGUUCAGCCUGAAGGCAUGCGUGUGGUGUGCGGCCACUGCGGCAACACAUUCCUCGGCAGUGAUGCUGUGUCCCAGCCUUCCUCUGGCCUGCCUAUUGAUGGUGCCUCUGCUCCCUUCAAGUGGAUGGAGCUCCGAUUUAAUACACUGGCCAAGUGCCCACACUGCAAAAAAAUCUCUUCUGUUGGUAGUGCCCUGCCUAGGAGGCGCUGUUGUGCCUACAUCACAGUAGGAAUGAUCUGCAUUUUCAUUGGAAUUGGAUUAACAGUGGGUACUCAAGACUUUGCGAGCCGUUACCAUGCUACCUACGUUUCCUGGGCCUUCGCAUAUCUGCUGGGUCUCAUCUGUCUGGUACGGGCCUGCUACUGGGGAGCGAUUAAAGUCAGCUAUCCAGAAAACACCUUCGCAUAGACAGUAUCCGUCAUUCAAUGAGUCCUUUUAGUAUUUCAUUUUAUCCUGAUUUUAACAGGUGUACAUUUGAAUGGUUGUUCUGUGUAGGAGAACUAAAAUCCAGUCUGGGGGUUUGAGGUGACUAAGAAUGUUGAACUUUAAACUUGAUUGGCUGUGAUAUUUAUUCUUUGCUGAAUUAAGCUCAUAAAUGGUUAUGAUGAAGUAGAGUUCUGAAUAGACUGAAAUCAGUAUUGCUGGCAAUUAAAGUGCUGAUGAGACGGAAUCAUUGAAGUCCGCUUGGUACGCCUCAUGGAUUUUGGCCGGCUUUGAGUAACUAUGACCCCUACUGGAUGGACAGUGUAUACAUGUUACUGCAUUUUGUUACUGACUUGACCAAAAGAGAUGAUCUUUUAUGAACAAUUUGCCCAUUGCACUACACCUUUAUGCAAUUAUUCUGUUCUGUUGCUGCUAGCUGUCACAGCUGUAAAAAGCUGAAAGUUAAUGUGUAUUAAGAAAACCUGCCCACACUCAACAAGGUACUGUGUUGCAUCUAAAUAAUCAGAUAUUCUUUAUAGUCCUGUGCCAAUGUUCCUGUUUUUGUGUCUCUUAGGGGAGAUCCCUCCAAGGAAAUAUAUCAGUAUUCUCAAAUCCAUAUCGAUUAAGCCGCUGUAACUCACUGUGAGCAAUGAUCUUUAGUUUUGUGGCUUUCAGAGGAUGAAAAACAGCAUGCUCACACAUAAACUGCACCUGUUCAUUUGACUCAUCAGUCAGCAGCGAGAUGUACAUGUACUGAAUGGGGAAAAUCGCACACGCAUGAUUUUCAUUUGAUUAUUUUGUUCCACAAAGCAGUUUUCUAUGACAGGGCUGUGUUGAAGUGUUAGGCCCUGAAUCUAGUGCUGUUACCUAUAAGUAGAAUGGACAUGCCUCUGCUACCUGCCUGAUUCCGACAACUUGGUCAGUCCUUGCUAGCCUCGCAGUAGUUCCCUAACUUCAUCAGGACAAAUGGGCACAACUGUAGUUACUAAUCUUGUUCUGAAUGUGACAAACAAGAAAAUUCUUUGUACAUAGUUUGUUCAGUACACCGAGACUGUAGCUUGAGUUGGAAUAUGGCCUGGGUCUUUUUAAAACGGAUAAUUUAUCAAUAAAAUGGAGAGAAAAAUCCC